AUGUGCAUAGCCGAUAUGGCAACAUCGUGCAAAGCUGUGAUACUUGGGUUACUAACUCCCCGUGCUGACAAAGAACCCCGCCGGCUUGCCCGCGAGCUUCUGCUCCUUCCACAGCUGCCCUGUGGAAUCAAAGAAGGCCUUCAUCUGCGCAGCCAUACAUCCGUACCUCGUCGGGAACCCGAACAGGAACCCAUCCGCACCAGCCAGGUCCCCGGCCGACCCGAUCAUGGGGAUCGAAUCGUCCUUGGGCGGCGCCCGCAUCUUGUCGAGGACAUCGUCCGGAAGCGUCUCCGGCACCCGGUACAGUACGGCCUCGACACCGUCCACGCUGUCGGCUCCCACCUUCAUCCGGCGGGCCAGGCCCUCCACGUGGCCGUACAUCGAAGCUUGAGCUUCCGAUUCGUUGGUUCCGGAAGAACCUUUGAGGCGGCGGCGUCUUCGGAGGUGGGUUUAUCGGUGGCUGCCGGAGUGGAUUCGGGGAGGAUGUCGUCGCCGUCAUCGGUGGUGGUGGUGGCUAUGGGGAGCUUUUUCUUGCUAGGGACACAGCCCCCUCCUUUCCCCAUUGAAAAGGAGAAAUUGGUGUUGAAUCAGGAGAAAAUUGAGAGCAGCGGAGUAGGGAGGAGGAGCUGA